GUCCCCAAGUAGCUUCACCUCCAUUCCUGUGGAUGAUUGAAACAAGUGAAUGAUACUUAUUUAAAGGAAAUAUUGGCAUUUACUUUGUGUAAUUCAUCAAUCUCCUGAAAUAGAUAUGCACUGCAGGUUCAUGGGCUGAGUCUUAAAGAUAGUCUUUUUCUUCUUGUGACAUGGAUUACUCAUCCACUACAUCUCUUAUGCAGAUCUGAUACCCAGUUGCUUGUGCAUUCUGUGGCGAGGAAGAUUGAGUGAAAUGAAAACAUAAACUCUCUAUCUGCAAUGGAUUGGAAUGCUAAGUGGGACUGGGAAAACCUAAUCAUGUUCAAUUCAAAAACUGUUGAAAGUCCUAAGAAGCAACCAACAGACUGGGAAAUUGGGGAGGGAGAAAUUGAUACAGUGUCGUUUAAUCUAUCUGGGGGUGGAGCUGUUGGUUCCAGCUCUGAUUUGGCACAUUGUUCUUCAGCAAGGAGCUCAGUAUCAGCUUCCAUGGAUUCUUCAUCAAAGGAGAUAUCAAAAAUGUCAAAGAUUGCUGUCGAGGCAUUUCAUGAUUUUCCUGAAGAUUUUGGCAAGAAGAAUGAAUUGACCAGAACUGAGUUAACUGGAACUUCUCUACCAUUGGAGCCUUCAGUUGGGUCUGGUGAACUGUUGAUUGGUCUGAAGCUUGGUAAGCGGACAUAUUUUGAAAAUGAUUAUGCCGGGGACAAUGCUAAGACUUCAUCUUUGUCUGUGAUUCCUGUAUCAUCUGCUGCCUCCUAG